AUGAAGACAGAAUCUCCAGACGGACCUCCCAUCAAUCCUGCCUCAUCCUCAAUCAAUCAGCUUGAACCUUCACAAAUACAAGGUGAAUCCGAACCUAUUCUAGCAGAAGGACAAGAAGACUGGACUGAAGAGUAUGAAGAAGAGCAGUUAGACUAUGAACCAUCUGCAGAUAACCAGACUGCACUCCUCGAAAUAGGAGAACAAAAGGACUGGACAGAAGAGUAUGGGGAAGAACAAAUGGAGUAUGACGUAGAACUAGAUGAAGAACCUGAGGCUUUUGGUGCAAAAUUAGAAAGCCUAUUGCAAGGUGAUUUGGGCAUUAACAUGGUGUUCAUCUUGCCAGAAAAAUUCAGGGUAGUAGAAGGGCAAGAAAACACUCUGGAGGGGGAUGUAUUCUCCCAAGAAAGUUUUAAGUGCAAAUUGGCAGAAGUAGAGGAAGCACUAGCACAACAAACACCUACUGCCAAGACAGGCGGAACUGCCAUGAAACUGGCUGCAGAGCAGCUUUGUUUCUCCAAACCAACCAAGGUGAUGGCCAAUCACCUCAGACCUCCGUUCAUAACAGCAAACUUGGGGGGUAUUACUAUUCCCAAAGUAAUGAUAGAUGGAGGUGCAACCAUUAAUCUGUUGCCUCACAGACUGCUGACCAAGAUAGGCAGAACAGAGAAGGAUUUAAUUACAACAUACUUGACUGUCACCAGCUUUGCUGGGGGCAUCACUAAGACUCAUGGAAUCCUGGAUGUGGAUGUCGUAGUUGGAACCAAAGAGUUGAAGAUUGCAUUUUUUGUGGUAGAUACUACUUCUACCACUUACAAUGAAUUGCUUGGUAGGGACUGGAUCCACCAAAGUGUAUGUGUUCCUUCCACUCUACAUCAACAAUUAGCCCUUUGGAAUGAAGAAGGUUUCAUAGAGAUAGUAUAG